GUUAAGCUCCGCUGUCGUCACAGGGGUGAGAGCUCCCCCUGCUGGUCUCCCAAACCUAUUUAACUGAGUUCGCAUGUUAAUUUUUACAGAUACCACAGAACAAAAGCAAAAAGGGAGAUGAGAUAUACAUUUUCAUUAUUCCUGCUUGGGGAGAGUAGUCAGAACACUUUACUUGUUUUUAAGUGAAAGCAAGAAGUCCCAGCCCGUUCUAGGCACCCAUCCACCGGAGACAGAGAACCUGAGCCCCUCAAAGGAAAGGUGCCAGGUAGACAUCGUGAGAUAACGGAAAAAUGUAAACUGGUCUUGGCCGCUGGCUGCUGGCACAGGCCUCCUGGAACCCCUGCAGUGCCUGAAUGGUUGUCGGGGUCACUAAGGAGAGUGACUGAGCCUGCAAGCCGGGCGCCCACCACACUCAGCCCUUCUGUGCCCAGAAUUAGCAGCGCAGCCUCCUCUUGGCGGGAUUCAGAGAGAGCGUCCACCUCCUAGAGCAUGGCAGGUUUAGGUAAGAAAGUGCUCAUAGUCUACGCACACCAGGAGCCCAAGUCUUUCAACGGGUCCCUGAAGGACGUGGCGGUGGCGGAGCUGGGCCGGCAGGGCUGCAGCAUCACCGUGUCUGAUCUCUACGCCAUGGACUUUGAGCCGAGGGCCACGAGGAACGAUAUCACUGGCACCCUCUCUAACCCCGAGACCUUCAGUUACGGGGUGGAAGUGUAUGAAGCCUACAAGAAGGCGGCUCUGAGCAGUGACAUCGUCCAGGAGCAGAAAAAGGUUCAGGAGGCCGACCUGGUGAUAUUUCAGUUCCCGCUGUACUGGUUCAGCGUGCCCGCCAUCCUGAAGGGCUGGAUGGACAGGGUGCUGUGCCAGGGCUUUGCCUUCGACCUGCCCGGCUUCUACGACGACGGCUUCCUCAAGGGUAAAUCAGCCAUCCUCUCCUUGACCACCGGUGGCACGGCUGAGAUGUACUCGAAAACUGGAGUCAGCGGAGACUUCCGAUACUUCCUGUGGCCCCUCCAGCAGGUAAUCAGCCUGGUUAGGCUCUGGCUGUGGUUCCCGGUCAGCUCAUCUUUCUCAGCCUCUGUGGUGCGGCUUGGAUCCGCUGCCAGUGGUCGCCACCCAGUGGCCGGUCUGGGACCUGAGCGGUUCCCGGUUCUCAGUCCGCAGUCUGGAGGCUGGAGUCAAACCUACAGUUGUAAUUAG